AAAGAAAACAGUAAGGUAAAAAAGGAGGACAAAGGACCUCCACGACCCGGAAGCGGAAGCCGACACACGCCCGUGCGGGCUUAAGGCCGCUUCGGCCGAGGCCGGAUGCUGCCUCGGUGACCGUUACGGGCGCCGCAGCCAAGGCCGGGGCCGGAGCCGGACAGGGCUGAAAAGCCAUGUCGACCUCCCAGAAACACCGGGACUUCGUGGCCGAGCCCAUGGGAGAGAAGUCCGUGAGGUGCCUGGCGGGUAUCGGAGAAGUGCUAGGCAAGAAGCUCGAGGACAGGGGUUUCGACAAGGCCUAUAUGGUUCUAGGCCAUUUCCUGCUGCUGAAAAAAAACGAACGCCAUUUCCAGGAGUGGCUCAACGACGUGUGCGGAGCUAAUGCCAAACAGUCCCGGGAUUGCAUUGGCUGCCUUCAAGAUUGGUGCGACGCCUUCUUGUGAGCAGCGGGCCUGGGGGCCGGCACCCUUUUACUCCGGACGGAUCUUUACAGUUAGCGCUCCCACGUGGGAUAUCCUGCCCCUUCUUCGCUCCCCACUCCCAACUAAAGGAAAGGUUUCUGCUGCCGCCCUCUCUUGGGACACCUUCCCCUCUCCACCAUCAUUUUGACCCAAGCGUCCGUGCUCAUACCUCAGCAUGCUUACUAUCUCGUAAAUUCCAGUGGUCAUAGUUAUUAGCUUUCCACCUCUUAAGCCCCCAUUUCUGAUCUCGUUUAUGCCAUUUGGAUAAUUUGGCAGGAGGACAUUGAUUGCCAUUGUAAAGAGUUUUUUUUAAAACCAAUAAAAGUCAACAAACUUGAAAAAUUAAGGAGAACAAAGAGAGUAGUUGAUAAUUAAGAAAAGAGGCACCGAAUUUUCUCAGAGAACCUGAUAACGCCCAGCAUUAAUGAAGAACUGACUGAAAAGCAAGAGAAGACUGAUUGCAAAAACUGUGCUAAGAAUCAGAAAGGUCCCAAUGAGAAGCAGGAGUCAGAAAACAUCAGACCUGAGUUCUAAUCCUGCCUCAGACUCUAGGUGUGUCACUAUGAGCAAAUCACCCCAUCGCUCUUACAGUUAGUUGUCUCAUCUGGAAAACAUAAUUAUAGCAGCUAUUUCAUAGGACAGUUCCGGGGAACAAAUGAGGUCAUGCAUGUAAAAUACUUUGAAAACCUUAAAGUAUUAUAUCUUAGCUAUUAUGGUGAUCACA